GCUAUUUUUAACAAAUUAUCUUGAAUUGCAUUGAAACAUUAUAAAAAUGGAGGAUGAAAUAGCCGCUCUUGUUAUUGACAAUGGAUCUGGCAUGUGUAAGGCGGGCUUCGCAGGAGAUGAUGCCCCAAGGGCUGUUUUUCCUUCUAUUGUUGGACGCCCACGUCAUCAGGGUAUUAUGGUGGGAAUGGGUCAGAAAGAUUCAUAUGUAGGAGAUGAGGCUCAAUCAAAACGCGGAAUUUUGACAUUAAAAUACCCUAUUGAGCACGGAAUCGUCAGUAAUUGGGAUGAUAUGGAAAAAAUCUGGCAUCAUACAUUUUAUAAUGAACUUCGCGUUGCCCCAGAAGAACAUCCUGCAUUGCUUACAGAGGCACCUCUUAAUCCAAAAUCUAAUAGAGAAAAAAUGACCCAAAUAAUGUUCGAGACAUUUAAUACUCCUGCAUUUUAUGUAGCAAUUCAGGCUGUUUUGUCGCUUUAUGCUUCAGGACGUACUACCGGUAUUGUUCUUGAUUCCGGAGAUGGUGUUACACAUACUGUUCCUAUUUAUGAGGGUUAUGCACUUCCGCAUGCUAUUUUGCGCCUUAAUCUUGCCGGACGGGACUUAACAGAUUAUCUUAUGAAAAUCUUAACAGAGCGUGGUUACAAUUAUACUACUACAGCAGAGCGUGAAAUUGUUCGUGACAUUAAAGAAAGGCUUUGUUAUGUUGCUCUAGAUUUUGAACAAGAAAUUCAUACAGCUUCAUCAUCUUCUAGCUUAGAAAAAUCAUAUGAAUUACCAGAUGGUCAAGUAAUAACUAUUGGCAAUGAGCGCUUCCGUGCUCCAGAAGCUCUUUUUCAACCAUCUAUAGUCGGUAUGGAGACAUGUGGUAUUCAUGAAACUACUUUCAAUUCUAUUAUGAAAUGUGACGUGGAUAUUCGUAAAGAUCUUUAUAGCAAUAUUGUUAUGUCAGGUGGAACAACAAUGUACCCAGGUAUUGCAGAUCGUAUGCAAAAAGAAAUAACUGCACUUGCGCCCUCUUCAAUGAAAAUUAAAAUAGUCGCGCCUCCUGAACGCAAAUAUUCUGUCUGGAUCGGAGGAUCUAUUCUUGCAAGUUUAUCAACAUUUCAGCAAAUGUGGAUUAGUAAGCAAGAAUAUGAUGAAAAUGGUCCAUCUAUUGUCUAUCGUAAGUGCUUUUAAAAAUAAGCGAGAAAUAUACAUUAAUCUCAUUUUUGUU